GGCCGCGGGCCCGGAGAGGCGCGCCGCCCGGCCCCAGGAUGUAGGCGAUCGGCGGCGGCGCUCCUGCUGGCGGCCGGCUCACCAUGAAGAAGCAUUCGGCCAGGGUGGCCCCGCUCAGCGCCUGCAACAGUCCUGUCCUGACCCUCACCAAAGUGGAAGGGGAGGAGCGCCCCCGGGAGCCCCCGGGCCCUGCAGAGGCCCAGGCGCCAGCUGGGACAGAGGCUGGUGGGAGGACAAGCCGACACAACUGGACAUGUUCUCAGGAGCGGCUCAGGAAGGUCUUCUGGGGCGUGGCUGUCGUGUUCUGCGUGUGCGCCUCCUGGUCCGGCUCCACGCAGCUCGCCAGGUUGACUUUCAAGACCUUCGACGCCCCGUUCACCCUGACGUGGUUUGCUACCAACUGGAACUUUCUGUUCUUCCCAUUGUACUACGCAGGACAUGUGUGCAAAUCCACAGAGAAGCAGUCUGUGAAACAGAGAUACAGGGAAUGCUGUCGGUUCUUUGGAGACAAUGGCUUGACUCUGAAAGUGUUCUUUACCAAGGCAGCACCUUUUGGUGUUCUUUGGACUCUCACAAACUACCUGUACCUACACGCAAUAAAGAAGAUAAACGCCACAGACGUCUCCGUCCUCUUCUGCUGCAACAAAUCAUUCGUUUUCUUGCUGUCGUGGAUCGUUCUCAGGGACAGAUUCAUGGGAGUGAGGAUCGUGGCCGCCAUCCUUGCCAUCGCUGGCAUUGUCAUGAUGACCUACGCCGAUGGCUUUCACAGUCACUCAGUCAUUGGCAUAGCCCUGGUGGUGGGUUCUGCUUCCAUGUCAGCCCUCUACAAGGUUCUGUUCAAGCUGCUGCUGGGCAGUGCCAAGUUCGGAGAAGCGGCCUUAUUCCUGUCCAUCUUGGGUGUGUUCAACAUCCUCUUCAUCACCUGCAUCCCCGUCAUCCUCUACUUCACAAGGGUGGAGUACUGGAACUCCUUCGAUGACAUUCCAUGGGGAAACCUCUGUGGGUUUUCCAUUCUCUUAUUGACAUUCAAUAUUGUAUUAAAUUUUGGAAUUGCUGUCACGUAUCCCACGUUGAUGUCUCUCGGAAUUGUCCUCAGUGUACCUGUAAAUGCAGUGGUCGAUCACUACACCAGUCAGAUAGUCUUCAACGGGGUCCGGGUCAUCGCCAUCAUCAUUAUCGGCCUGGGCUUCCUCCUCCUGCUCCUUCCAGAAGAGUGGGAUGUCUGGUUGAUCAAGUUGCUCACCCGCCUCAAAGUGAGGAAGAAGGAGGAGACAGCAGAGAGCAGCGGGGACUUGGGCACAGGUCCCCAGAGCAGGAGCAGAAGAGCCCGCCCAUCCUUCGCUCGCUGAGAAAACUCCUCUAGAACUCUGGGACGCCCCCAUGGUAAUGUUUUUGAGGUCUAUUCCUGAUGGAGGAACCUCAGUUGGGUGAGGUGUACAUACAUGUACAGUUUUGGUAACUGCGGUAAGUUCUACGGUAUUUAUUGGCAUGUCCAAUUUGCUUGCACUUUUCCACGUCAGACCUUCCACUAAGGGUACCGAUUCAAAACAUGAGAAAAGAACCUCUCAGCGCAUCUUAAAUGAAUGUAAAGCGAGAUAAAAUGAGCCUUGUGUCGGUCUCUUCAGAGGACAGGCAAGCUGGACAAGCCAGGGCAAAACAAAGGCUCUGCCUCUUAGCAAUUGAAAAUGACAUUGUGCACUGUGAUUAUUUUUCAGCUAUAGUAGGUCAUAUUUUGUUUUAUACCAGAACUGUAUACUUAAUUUUAAGGAAUCUCAAUGAACCAAAAGAUAAUUGUCAGUUAAUUUGGAUGGAUAG